GUGGGGUUCAGUGAGACUAGACUGGAGACCUGGGGGCAGGCUGUGACUCUCCACAGCCCAGCAACUGCUCUGUUCUGCGGUCUGUCUGGCCUGGGCCUGGGGCUGCCCUAGAGGCCGAGCCUGCAGCCGGCUGGCCAACAUCUGGUCUCCUGCACAUGUGGGCCUUUUCCUGCUCCCGCCACCCGCUAGCCUGUGGGGAGCCCUCUCCAGCCCCACCCGAGGGGCCCUGGGGUGGUGGAGACCACACUAUCGAGUGACUUCCCCCCUUCCCCCACGCACCUCAUCUGUGGAAAACGCUUCCAGCUUCCAUGGGCAUCUAGCCCAGGAGGACAGAGGCUCACACCCAGGUCCUAUGUACCCUCCUGGCCCACAGCACACACGUGGACGUGCAUGCCUGGUUCAGAGCUCUAGCACCUGAAGAAAGAAACACCACGCGUGCUGCUAGACCCUGUUCCACAUUGGGUCCACGUGUGCCAAAUACUCUGCAGAGGGUGUGCACGUCACACGUGCACAUAGAUGUAUGUACACACAGUGCGGGAAGACACGCGCGCACACAGCUCAGGUGUGGAGGGGUGUGCACUGGGCAGCCGCCAACUGUGAGCUCAGCCUCCCACACCCCCGGGGCUGGGGAGCAGGUGCCUGCUGUGCCAGGGGCCCCAGAGGCUGACAGCAGCAUCACCUGGCGCAGCACCGGCCCCUCCCCUCCCCUACGCAUCCGUCUGGAGGACGUCGCUGCAGCAGCGUGUGGCAGAGUGCUGUGUGAGGGGGCCAUGGAGGGGAGCGAGGACACCAGCGUCCCUGCCCUGCCACACCCCUGUGUGCCGGCGCCCAGCUGCAGGGGCUGAUGGGCUUGGCGGUCUGGACCCCUGGUAUCCGCAGCACUGGGCGCCUGGUCUACUUCCCCUGGAUGCAACAGCUGUUGGGACCCAGAGCAGCUUGCCUCGGCCGCAGACAGUUGCACGCAGCUUGCCCUGGACCCACUGUCUGUGACCCCAGCACCCUGCUGCCAGGAAAACUGCCACACACCACAUAGCCAUGGGCCGCAGAGCAGGUGGCUUGGUGAGCCCUGGCCUCACCCUCCUCGUGUGGCUCACUGCCCACUGCCCUCGUCCCCAGGGAGAGUCGGACGCCAGCAGGGCUGACCUGUGGGCCAGUGCCAACACCUCCAUCCUGCAAGGCUUCUGGUGCCAGCCGGCCAGCCAGCUGCCCCGGGACCAGCUUUCGGCUCUCAUCAGGAGGGUGGACCCACAGCAGGCGCCCCUCAAAGCCUGGCAGCUCAGCUGCCUGGCCAACCUGGCCACCUGGCAUGGCCUCCAGGAUGACUUCGCACUCCACCCCCCCGACCUGCUGCUCUUCUACAACCUGACACAGGUGAGGAAAGCUGACCGCCGGGCCUUCACACGCCGCGCCGCCCAGGGGCACACGGAGCUGCUGGCCAACCUGCCGGACCAGAGGGCUGCCCUGCAGCGUAUGGCCCUGGCCUGCCUGGGGGGGCCACACCCCCGGCUCAGCGCCUCUGACCUGAUGUUCCUUGGAGUCCUGGUGUGCGACCUGGAUGCAUCCCACCUCGUGGCCGCAGACCCCUGCGUGCUUCAGAGUCUGCAGCGCUGCCCCCGGCUGACCACCACCCAGCAAGCUGCCCUCAACACGCUACUGGCCAGUGGGAGGACCACGCUUGGGCCCCCGGGCUCCUGGAACGUCGAGGGGUUGCAGGCUCUGGGACCCCUGGCCACCUACAUCAGCCCUGGUCUGUGGGUGCAGGUUCGGGAGGCCAAGCCUGAAGCAGGCAGCCAGGUGGCUGCACAGGCAGGCAGGAAGCCGUGGAAGGAGGGAAGGCAGGGUGACAGGGUGGCCAAGGGCCCAGCGGGCUGCAUCCGCCUGCGCUGUGGCCCUUGGGCUCAGACACAGGGCCCUCAGCCCACCCACCCCACACCCUGGCUGCGGCUGCAGGGGCUGAUGGGCUUGGCGGUCUGGACCCCUGGUAUCCGCAGCACUGGGCGCCUGGUCUACUUCCCCUGGAUGCAACAGCUGUUGGGACCCAGAGCAGCUUGCCUCGGCCGCAGACAGUUGCACGCAGGGUUGGUCUGCACCCGGCCAGGGCUGCCGGGGGCUGUGGCCUGGGUCUGA